AUGGCAUAUGCUCUGCGAUCCCUACCAAUGAUUAGAGACCGCAACGUGGCCGUUGUGACAAGUAACAAAGCAGCCGUGCUUAGCCUUGGAAACCCCCGCCAACAGUCAGGGCAGGAAUAUAUGCAAUUGAUCUACGAAGCCAUAGAAAAGCUGCGGGAAAAGGGUAACAGAGUGGCCAUCGAGUGGAUCCCUGGGAGCGAUGACAAUGAACUGUUAAAGCUGGCCAAGGGUGAGGCACGCGAGGCGACCAAGGACGGGGCCGUGCCACAGAAACAGUUCCCGAGGAUGCGAUCUACAACGUUUAACAUUGAAAGACGAAAGCUAAAGGCUGAACGAUACAUACCGGAGAAGGUCGGUAAACACUCCAAAAGAAUAGAUGCGGCCCUGCCUGGGGAACAUACUGUGCUACUUUACGACGAACGACCAUGGAAAGAACGCAACGCGCUAGCCCAGCUGAGAACAGGCAUGUCCGCGUUAAAGAAUUAUUUGUAUCAAAUCAAGCAAUCGGCGUCAGAUCAGUGUGAUUGUGGCGCAGAGAGGGAAACGGUGGCACACUUCUUGUUUAGAUGCAACAAAUGGACGAUGCACAGAAAAGAAAUGCUCCAAUGUACGGAGAAACAUCGAGGCAACACUUCAUUCUAUCUAGGAGGCAAGUCACCAAUGGAUGGAACGAAGUGGAAACCAAAUAUGGCGGCCGUGCGGGCAACAAUCCGUUUUGUCAAGGCCACGGGCCGCCUUGACAACCAACGACCACACCCCCACCCCCCAAAACCAACUUUCUCACCUCCCAUCUAA